AUGGCAUCGCGCUCACCGUAUCGUGGCCCUCGAAGAAAGUUGGUCCUUGCAUUCGACGUUGGAACCACGUACAGCGGUAUAUCGUACAGUGUGCUUGAUCCUGGGCAGAUUCCAGAAAUCAAGGGUGUUACGAGAUUCCCCGCACACGAACACAUUAGUGGCGCUUCAAAGAUACCUACAGUCAUUUACUAUGAUCGUAAAGGUGUUGUUCGCGCUGUGGGGGCCGAAGCGAUGCGAGAGGGUAUCUUCGAAACAGCUGCUGAAGAAAAUUGGAUAAAAGCAGAGUGGUUCAAACUUCAUCUACGCUCGAAAGUAGGAGCAGGAAAACAUGUAUCCGGCGACAUCCCUCCUUUACCACUCAACAUGGGUGUCGUCGAGGUCUUUGCUGACUUCCUCAAAUACCUGUUUGAAUGUGCCUCGAGCUACAUUCAGGACACGCACGCGAAUGGGGUCAACCUUUGGGCUUCUGUAUCUGGGCACAUCGACUUUGUGCUUUCUCACCCCAAUGGCUGGGAAGGAACACAGCAAAGCGAAAUGAGGAUGGCCGCUGUCCUUGCUGGUCUCGUCCCCGAUACUGUAAGCGGCCAUGCUCGCCUGUCAUUCGUGACCGAGGGUGAAGCUAGUCUUCAUUAUGCUAUUCAUAAUGGACUUCCUUCUGGUGCGAUGAAUAACGGAGAUGGCGUUGUGAUUGUGGACGCAGGAGGGGGCACCAUCGAUAUAAGCUCAUACAGUAAGAGCUCGCGGGGCGGCAAGGAAGUAUUUGAAGAAAUUGCUGCGCCACAAUGUCAUUUUCAUGGCUCUGUCUUCGUCACUAUCCAUGCGAAAUUAUUCCUAGAGAACUUCCUCUCUGAUUCUCCUUUCGCGGAUGACGUUGAACAUAUCGUGGGCUGUUUCGACAAGACGACAAAAUUACGUUUUAGAGACGCUGCGGAAGCCCAGUAUAUCAGGUUUGGAUCCACACGGGAUAAUGAUGCCAACUAUAACAUUCGAUUUGGACAGCUCAAGCUUCAAGGUUCGGAUGUGGCUUUGUUCUUCGAACCUUCAGUGGAUUGUAUCGUGAAGGCUGUUCUUGAGCAACGGAAAUCAGCUCAUAAGCCUAUUUCGCACGUUGUCCUGGUCGGAGGUUUUGCUGCGAGUGACUGGCUAUUCAACAAGAUCACUGAAGCCUUGACACCUUCGAAACUUAACAUUAUACGUCCUGAGAACCAUGUCAAUAAAGCCGUCUCUGAUGGGGCCAUCUCAUUCUACUUGGACCAUUUUGUGCGUACUCGCGUGUCAAAGGUCACAUACGGAAACUUUUGUCAUAUUCCGUUCGACCCUACUUCUCCCGAACAUAAGCUUCGAUCUGCAUCUACCUUUAUGUCUGUAUCUGGGACCAAACGAAUUAGCGAUUCUUUUGAUAUUAUUCUUCCCAAGAAUACUCAAGUCACAGAAAUGAAAGAGUUUAGGAAAUCGUACUUCCGGGAAUCAGAAGCAAGGAGCGAAUUCAAAGCCGCCGUGUUUGCGGUAUGGUGUUAUCGAGGAUUGGUUGCAGAACCCAGGUGGAAGGAUGUAGACACCGCAAAUUAUACCAAGCUCUGCACCAUUGAGAUCGACCUCUCAAAUGUACCUCUUAGUCCUCGAUCCAAGCCAAACUCUGCAGGAGUUUAUUAUAGACUGGAUUACGAUAUUGUACUGCUUUUUGGAUUAACAGAGCUAAAGGCUCAGGUAGCUUGGAAAGAAGGGAAUACGGAGAAGCGGAGCGCGGCGAAAAUUGUUUACGAUCCCGAUACCACAAAUGAUAUUUGA